CUUGCGUGUUCAAUCUUAUUUACUCAUUAGCAGAAGCAACAAACGUGGCAUGUGCUUCUGCGUAAUAUACUGCAUACAGUGUGUAGCCGGCUUCUUAAAUAUUACACACGUUAUUUGAAGAAAAAGGAAAUUUAACCUUAAAAAUGAGUGCACCAAUAAGUACUGCAAUGGAUAGUUUGUCAGCUGCAAUUAGAUCUAAUAUAAUUCCAAAUCAAGAAUAUUUAUUACAAGGAUCAGUGUUAGAUAGUGCAGUAGAAGUAUUGCUUCAUAGAUUACGUGGUUUAUGUGAUAAUGUGGAUACCGGGCCAGAAACUUUUAAUGAUCAUGAAAUGUGUUUUAGUAUCAGAGGAUCUGAACAGCCAUUGCUUUUACGUGUAAGAAGGGCUUUAGAUUAUCAAGAUAUGCCCUGGCAAUUACGUUAUAUCGGUCAACCCGAAUUGGGUGAUAAAUCAAGACCCACAAUUGUCAGAAGCAGUUUAGAUAUAGCAACUAGUAACACAGUUGUCGACUUUUUAACAGAACUUGGAUGUAGAUUAGAUUUUGAAUAUAUUGCACGUGGUUAUAUGUUUCGUAAAGGUAGAAUGAAAGUAACAGUUUCCAAAAUAUUUAAAAUGGGUCAACAAGGAAAAAUACCUGAAAGUAUGGAAGCAAUAUCUCAAAGUUAUUUAGUAGAAUUGAGUGUUUUAGCACCUAGUGGUCAAGAUGCAAUAGCAGAAGAUAUGAGAAUUUUUGCAGAACAAUUAAAACCUUUAGUACAACUUGAAAAAAUUGAUUAUAAAAGACUUGUACAUUAAUAUAAUAAUCAAUAUUGUAUUUUAAACCGUAUUAAUUAUAUUUAUUUCGUUUGUAUAAAUUUUUACCGAUAUUGUCGAAAAUAUUCUCCUUAUAUAUUUAAUUACAUUAUGUUUUGCGAAAUCAUCGUUUUAGGUGUAUAUUGUAAAACUGAAAAUGUGAUAUAUAUUUUUUACGUUAAAGAUUAAAAUAUAUUGUAGUUUU